AUGACGGACCAAGUGAUCGACCAAGCGACACCAUUCCUACGCGCGCAUCCAGCACACCCGGAAGAAACGGAGAAGAAGAGUGGAUGGUGUGACCGGUUCGGAAAAAGCGCGGCGUGGUUCGCUACGAACAAGAACUUCGAAGCCAUCGUCGCGGUCGCUUCAAUUUGGACGACUACGAAGGUGACUUCGACCCUUUCUACUGUUUCUCGGCUGAAGAAGAUGGGGAACAAGCGUCCAGCUAUCAAGAAGUGA